AUGUCGGGUGCUGUGGGCCGAGAGCCAGUCUUCCCGACUCGUCAGUCGCUGGGAUUGAUGAAGAGCAAGCUGAAGGGGGCUGAAAUCGGGCACAGCUUGUUGAAGCGAAAGAGUGAAGCCUUGACAAAACGUUUCCGAGAAAUCACACGGCGCAUCGAUGAGGCCAAGCAGAAGAUGGGACGGGUUAUGCAGAUUGCAGCCUUCUCACUUGCCGAAGUGAGCUACGCUGUCGGCGGGGACAUUGGAUACCAGAUUCAGGAGUCUGCCAAACAGGCGCGUUUCCGUGUGCGAGCCAAGCAGGAGAAUGUUUCGGGUGUCUUCCUUCCUCAAUUCGAGAGCUACACAGAAGAAGGUGUCAACGACUUCGGCUUGACCGGUCUUGGAAAGGGAGGACAGCAAAUCCAACGCUGCCGAGAGACAUACGCGCGGGCCGUGGAGACCUUGGUGGAGCUGGCUAGUCUGCAGACUGCAUUUUUGAUUCUGGAUGAGGUGAUCAAGGUUGUCAACCGAAGAGUGAACGCCAUCGAGCACGUUAUCAUCCCUCGAACUGAAAAUACCAUCAAAUACAUCAACUCCGAACUCGACGAGCUCGACCGUGAGGAGUUUUACCGCCUCAAGAAGGUCUCUGGCAAGAAACAGAGAGACGUCGCCCAGGCAGAUGCCGAGAUUCUUGCAGCCCGACAAAAGGCAGCGGAGAAGGAAGCGGAGAACGACGCUCCAGCUACUGCGGCUCCAUCUACGGAAGAGACCGAGGCACCUGAUGUUUUGGGAGAGCAGGAAGACACCGAUGUCAUCUUCUAG